AUGAACACUCUCGUGCUACCGUUUGUUCUGCUCUUCUUUCCCCUUGUGGCUUCAACCACGACCCAAGAAAGUUUCAUGCAAUGCAUCAAAACUCGAUUCAGUGACUACACGAAGACCUUCGAAAUCAUAUACUCCUCCAAAUCCUCCUCCUAUCCGCACCUCUUGCAAUCUUCUGAACAGAACCCCAGAUGGGUCAACUCUUCUAGGUCAACUUUGAAGCCCCUCCUCAUCGUCACGCCUUUCCACGAAUCUGAAAUCCAAGCAGCCAUACUUUGCACCAAAAAACAUGGCCUACAGAUCAGGGUCCGCAGCGGAGGCCACGACUAUGAAGGCCUGUCCUAUCGCUGCAAAACCCCGUUCAUCCUUGUCGACUUGGUCAACCUCUGUUCGGUGGACAUCAACCUCGAAGAGGAAGUAGCUUGGGUUCAAUCCGGUGCAACGCUUGGGGAACUCUAUUAUAGCAUUGCCAUGGAGAGCAAAGUCCAUGGGUUCCCUGCUGGUAUAUGUCCUAGUGUUGGGAUUGGUGGGCAUCUUAGUGGAGGUGGGUUUGGUACUAUGUUGAGAAAGCAUGGCCUAGCAGCUGAUAAUGUCAUUGAUGCUGAUUUAAUUGAUGUCAAUGGGAGAAUCCUCAACAGAGAAUCAAUGGGUGAGGACUUGUUUUGGGCCAUAAGAGGUGGUGGUGGAGCUAGCUUCGGAAUCAUAUUGUCAUGGAAAAUCAAGUUGGUCAGGGUCCCACCGACCGUGACGGUCUUCACAGUAUCGAGAUCGCUUGAACAAGGCGCAAUCGAGCUGGUGCACAGGUGGCAAUACAUUGCACAUGAGCUAUCUGAGGAUCUCUUCAUUAGGGUGAUAAUUCAGGAUGUGGAUGAUCCAAAUAAUGGGGGCGCAAGAACCGUACAAGCCGCAUUUAACAGUUUGUUCCUUGGUAAAUUGGAUUGUCUUAUGCCACUGAUGAACCAAAGCUUUCCUGAGCUGGGACUGAAGGUCGACAAUUGCACCGAAAUGACUUGGAUUGAGUCCGUGCUCUAUUUCGCCGGCUACAAGAAGGACGACCCACUGGAGGUAUUGUUAGACAGGAACACGCUAUACAAGAGCUACUUCAAAGCGAAGUCGGAUUUCGCGCAGGAACCCAUUCCAGAAGUCGGAUUGAGAGGAAUAUGGGAAAGGUUUUUGGAAGAGGAGAUCGUGUUCAUGAUAAUGGACCCCUAUGGUGGGAAAAUGAAUGAGAUACCAGAGUCAGAACUACCAUUUCCUCACAGGAGGGGCAAUUUGUACAACGUACAGUACCUGGUGAAGUGGGUUCAAAAUGGGGUUAAAGCGUCCAAAAAGCAUUUGCACUGGAUGAGAAUGCUGUACAAUUACAUGACACCAUAUGUCUCUGCGUCACCUAGAGCUGCCUAUUUGAAUUACAGAGAUCUCGACUUGGGAAUCAACGGGAAAGGCGAAGAGAGUUACUCAGGAGCGAGCGUUUGGGGCGUAAAAUACUUCAAGGACAACUUCAAGAGGCUGGCCAUCGUGAAGGGUCGGGUCGAUCCUGAGAACUUUCUCAGGAGCGAGCAGAGUAUUCCGCCAUAUCCUGCACUCAAGAAGGGGAGGUGA